UUCUGCGUUCAUUUUGGUUGAUCAUUCCUCAGCCUUUAUAUUAAAUAGAGAUGGGUAGUUUUUAUUAAAGUUUGGAUUUCUAAUGACUUGUAAUUAUAACACCUUUUGUACACUGUAAUUUUAAAAAAACACAGUUGAAUCCCCUUUAACUAAAAUUUGGAAGGUUGACUUCCAUUAAAACCACAUUUUUUAUCUCCAUUGAAACAAAGAUGAAUGUAGGUCAUUCUCAGUUCUAUCCCCCAUGUCGUUAUAGUGGUGCACAUUCAUGCAAGCACAAACCAAGUAAACAGGGAGCCUGUGAUUCCCAUGGCACUUUUUCAUUGCUCUGAUUCGUACAUGUACGUAUAUACAUGUAUGUGCAUGCACAGCUGGGGAAACGGGGAGUUUGUGAUUCCCAUAGCAUUUUUUAAUUCCCUCUGAUUCAUGUGUCUUUCAAGUAAACAAAUCAAAGAGAAGUACAAUGUCCUCCAUUUAAAUUCAGAUAUCAACAUGAACUCAUGCCCUCUUGCCCAACAACAUUAUUAGCUUUACCAUAACAAUUUUCAGUGCACUGAAUUGCAAAGUGCAAAAAUCUAAAUAAUGCUGCCUAAAGCAGGAGUGUGUGUUUGCAAGUGCAGCCGCUGUAAACUUAUAAAUGUAACCAGCUCCACAACUGUUCAUUUAACUGUGCGACCAAUCAUGCAGGCCAAUCAGUUCACUUUCGCAUUCCCCGAUCCGGUUCGGCAGCUCCUCCUUCGGCCUCCUCCAGCAACCAACCCGACUCAGCAGCUCCAGGCCCUGCCACGUCCGCCGUUGAACCCCUGCCCCUCCAACCAGAGAGAGCCCACCACAUGUCUCCAGUCAGCGACCACCUCAAUUCAAGCCCGGGCUCUGUAGCCUCCUCUAUCCCACUGGAGGAUUCCGAUUCAGUCUCUUCAUCUGGUGAGGACUGGGUGCCAUCGGAGAUACAAGAGAGCUCUGAGGAUGAAUAUUCCCGUUUUCCCGGAGAAAAUGAGAUGAGGGAUGAGGAUGAUAACCCGAUGGAAAAGGAGGAAACAAAAUGGGUCUCCAGGAAUAAGAACAUCAAGUGGUCACCCUCUGCUGAGCAAAUGCAUCAUUAUGUGCAGCCUCCCACAACACCAGUCCCAGGGCCGACAGCGUAUGCCAAGAGAAACGUAACAGACCGGCUGACAUCCUGCUUGGAUUUAUUUCUAACGAAUGACAUUAUCCAGCUUAUCCUCAGAAUGACCAACCUGGAAGGACAGCGGACCAGAGGUCAUUGGAAAGAAAUCACCGAGACGGAGCUGAGGGGUUUCUUCGGCCUGCUGCUGCUGGCGGGGCUGUAUCGUUCCCGGGGAGAAAGCACCCGCAGCUUGUGGGGGGAGGAGAUGGGCCGCCCGGUGUUUCGUGGUACAAUGUCCUACAAAAGAUUUGAGGAACUUGCCAUGAAACUCCGGUUUGAUGAUAAACUGUCCCGGCGAAACCGGCUCAGUGACAACAAGCUGGCUGCCAUUUUGCCGGUAUGGGAGCCAUGGGUUCAGCGGCUUCCUCUUGUUUUCAACCCGGGGGUGGAUGUUUGUGUAGAUGAGCAGCUGGUCGCCUUCAAGGGGUGCUGCAGCUUCAAACAGUACAUGCCAAACAAACCAGCCAGGAAUGGCAUAAAAGUCUGGACCCUGGUGGACGUGUCAACAUCCUACGCCUGGAACAUGGCCAUCUACAGCGGCAAGGAGGGGGCAUCAAGAGAGGUUGGCCAGAGAGAGAGAGUGGUGCUGCAGAUGACACAGGGGCUGAAGGGACGCACAGUCACCACUGAUAAUGUUUUCACGAGCUAUGGGCUUGGCGCAGAGCUACUGCAAAGGAAAAUGGCCAUGGUCGGCAUGGUCCGCAAAUCAAAACCUGAGCUCCCUCCCCAACUCCUCACCAUGUCAGGCAGAGAGGAGCCCUCCAGCAUCUUCGCUCACACAGAGACCCACACUGCGGUGUCAUACAAACCCAAGAAAGGCAAAGGUGUUGUGCUGAUGUCCACAAAGCACAGAGAUGCCUCCGUCAGCCGGGAAGCCCACCAGAAGCCGACAAUCAUUCUCGAUUACAACAGGUGCAAGGGUGGCGUGGACAAACUGGAAAAGUAUGUGACCACUUACAGCUGCCGUCGGAAGACCUCCAGAUGGCCGAUGGCGCUGUUUUACAACCUACUUGAUGUUUCUGCUUACAACUCUUACGUCCUGUGGACAUGCCUGCAUCCAAAGUGGGAAAUCACAAAAAAAAAACGCCGCCGCAUCUUCCUGGAGCAGCUAGGAAAGGAGCUGGUGACCCCCUGCAUCCUCCAGCGUGAGCGGAUUCCCCGGACACCAAGUGCCGCUGCUUUAGUCCAAGCAGCCCAGGCAGUCGCAGUGAAGGAGGAGCCACGCGAUGAGGAUGAUGAUGAGGACACCUCAGGACUUAUUCCUCCAGUAGAAGAGGCCCAAGCAAAGGGGCAAGGACGACAACCUUGCGAAAUGUGCCCGAAGACCCUCAAGCGGUGCAGGGUUCGCAAUGUCUGUGCCAAGUGUGGCAUAUUUCUGUGCAAGAACCACACAUGGAAAUGCUGUGCAUUAUGCGUUGGAGGAGGACAGUGCCUGACAGAGGACAGUCUUAUUAAAACUGAAAAAAUGUCUUAAAAACAUUUGAAUAAAAAUAAUGAAAUGAAUAACCCUGCAGGAAUUGAUCAAAUAUUCAUAAUUUUACCAGGGGAAAGGUGGUGUGACAUUUUUUGGUCAUAGGAGGAAAUUAAAGGUUAAUCUGACAUCGCACAAAAAAUGCACCAAAAUCAAUGUCUAACUAUGCCUCAUGCCCUGAAAAAGAGGCACUCAGAAACGCUUGCACAUCGUGAUGGUGUCCCUCUGGCAUUUGCGCACAUCUGUUUUGUGUCUAGUUAGAAAACAAUGGAUUUGACGGCACAAAAAAUGCAGAACAUGUACGGCCCCUUAGACUAACUGAUUAGAUUUUUGAAUGUUUUUCGAGAAUCAUAUGCUAGUUAUGACAAAAUUUGACAUACCAAUAGGAUGAAUAAUGAAGCAAUAACAUUUUAUAUUCAAAAGGUCAAUGGUCAGCUUCACUGCAAUCUGGAAAUCCAUCGGUUUAAAACAAAAAAAAAAAAGGAGUUGGGUGUAUUUUUCCUUCCUUUACCUCUGGAAGCACUGCCCAUAGUUUUUCGACUAACUGAAGUGCAGGGGCCUUGGGGAAUCGCCUUGUUUACAAAUACUUCCAGGUAGAAAACCAGCAGAGUUUAGCUAUAUAUAUAUAUAUAUAUAUAUAUAUAUAUAUCCAGGGUAUGAAAUUAAGAAAAUAUUUUGGGGGCAGUUUUGGCCCCCACAUUCUAAAAUAUGGGGGCAUUUUUAAAAUGAUUGGGGACCAUGGAAGAAAUUGUAGUUAGAGCUUGGUUAUUUUUGUAGAUUAAAAUGCACAGUGGCUUCUGCCAAGUUCCAACGCAAAUAAAUGAAAAGCAUACCAGUGUGCAAGUAGUAUCUAUGACAGAAAGCAGGAGACAGCUGUAGACAAACUAUUUAGGGUUUAUUUAGCUCUUAACAGCCUGUAAAUAUUACACAAAACCUUGAAAAUAGUGCAAUGCAAACAGAAUCUACUGUUAGCAGUACUAAUAGAGAAUGUGAAAAUACGUCACGCCGCUUUGCAUUGUGGGGCGUCAGCUCCAUCUUUGGAACGCGGGUGUAAACAAAAGCGAGAAGCCAGCUCUUCAAGCCAGCUCAACAUUUUAAGUAAUCAUGUUUUUAUAUAUUUUUAUAUUAUUUUGUUAUAUUUCUCCCUCUCCCCUCGUUGGAAGCGUCGGACCUCCCACCGCCCGAUCCCGCCUUGAUUAAACACUGAGAAUAAAAUAAAAGAGGGAGACAGUUUUUCCCAUUUUUAUCUUAUUUUGAUAUAUUUCUCCCUCUCCCCUCUCUGGAAGCAUCCGACCUCCCGCCGCCCUCCGCCUCUCCCACCUUAAUUAAACACUGAAAACGUAGUCAUCUUUCACACAGGGCUGCCGACAGAUUCUACAAUGUAAAUUGCAGAAUCUGUCUUGAGAGAUUAGCUUCACUGUGACACCAUAAUAUUCUGCAAAAACAAUUUUCCGGCCAUUAUUUAACACCAUAACUCAGGAACAGAAGGCAGUACAUUUGGUCAGAUACUGAACUGCACCCCUACUGGGAAUACUAACUUUGACAAACGGGACUGCCAAA